AUGCCACCGUGGGGCGCCGCCCUCGCCCUGCUCCUGGCCGCGCUCGCCCUGCUCGCCCUGCGGCUGCGGCGCCCCAGCAGGCGCGUCGUCGGAGCGAGGACCCUGCCGGGGGCGCGGAGCGAAGAUCACGGGGAGAUGGACGGCGGAGGCCCCGCGGGUCAGUUAAGCGCCGGGCGGGAGCCUCUGCCCGGCGGCUGCAGGCUCAUCUGUAAGCCGUCGGCGCUGGCCCAGUGCCUGCUGCGCGCUCUGCGACGCUCAGCCGCGCUAGAGCCGGGGCCGCUCCCCUGGCUCUCCGGGCCCCACCUGCAGACCCUCUGCCACUUCGUGCUGCCGGUGGGGCCGGGGUCAGAGCUGGCCCGGGAGUACCUGCAGUUGGCAGACGACGGGCUGGUGGCCCUGGACUGGGUAGUGGGACCUGGCGCCCGGGGCCGCCGGGCCACCAAUGCUGGGGGCCUCCCGGCGGUACUGCUGGUGAUCCCCAAUGCCUGGGGGCGCCUCACCCGCAACGUGCUCCGCCUCUGCCUGCUGGCCCUGGAGCGCGGCUACUACCCGGUGAUCUUCCACCGGCGCGGCCACCACGACUGCCCACUGGUCAGCCCCCGGCUGCAGCCCUUUGGGGACCCGUCCGACCUCAAAGAGGCCAUCACUUACAUCCGCUUCCGACACCCCGCCGCCCCGCUGUUCGCGGUGAGCGAGGGCUCGGGCUCGGCGCUUCUGCUGUCCUACCUGGGCGAGUGUGGCUCCUCCAGCUAUGUGACCGGAGCUGCCUGCAUCUCGCCCGUGCUACGCUGCCGCGAGUGGUUUGAGGCCGGCCUGCCCUGGCCCUACGAGCGGGGCUUUCUGCUUCACCAGAAGAUCGCCCUCAGCAGGUACGCCACGGCCCUGGAGGACACCGUGGAUACCGGCAAACUGUUCAGGAGCCGCUCCCUGCGGGAGUUUGAGGAAACCCUCUUCUGCCACACCAAGAGCUUCCCCAUCAGCUGGGACACCUACUGGGACCACAACGACCCCCUCCGGGAUGUGGAUGAGGCAGCGGUACCUGUGCUGUGCAUCUGCAGUGCCGACGACCCCGUGUGCGGGCCCCCAAGCCACUUUCUGCCUACUGAACUCUUUCACAGCAACCCCUACUUCUUCCUUCUGCUCAGCCGCCACGGGGGCCACUGUGGCUUCUUGCGCCAGGAGCCCUUGCCAGCCUGGAGCCAUGACGUCACCUUGGAGUACUUCCGGGCCUUGACUGACUUCUUCCGGACGGAAGAGAGGAUGAAAGGGCUGAGCAAGCGCCGAGCUUCCUUCCUGGCGGGCCGGCGUCGCUGGGGAACCCUGCCGAAGCGGGAGGUCUCCCCCUCUUCCAGUUUGGAGGAGAUCUUUAGCUGGAAGAGAUCCUAUACACGGUGA